AUGAGCUUUGUGUUAGAUGACUUUGCCCAACUGUAGGCUAAUUUAAGUGUUCCGAGCAUGUUUAAGGUAGGCUAGGCUAAGCUAUGACGUUCAGUAGGUUUGGUGUAUUAAACGCAUUUUGGACCUGCGAUAUUUUCAACUCACAAUGGUUUUAUUGGGACGUAACCCCCUCGUAGAGAUCAAUCUGUAUACAAUGGGUAGGGCAAAACUAAAUGAUAUAUUGCUUAGGAUACAUACACACAUAUAUGCAUAAAGAGUAUAAAGAGAAAGGAGAAGGAUGGGAAUGACAGACACCAAAUUCAGGAGGGCAUGUCAACCAGGAAGACGGAGAGGUGCCCAGGGAAGUUCAGCUAUCUCUCUAACAGAUUAUUUUUUAAACAAGGUGGCAAGUAAAGGGUACUGGUUAUUCUUCAUACCUUUCUGCAUGUUUGAAUUAUAACUUUUUUUAAAAGAGCCAGGACCCAAGGAGUCUUACAUAAAGGAGAGGGAAAAGCUGGGGCCCUACUUGUGAGAGGAUUCAGAGCUGUUCUUGCCACUGCCUGCAACCCAGAACCCAGAGUAAAGUAGCUAAAGACUGACAUCUGCCACACUGAAAGGUGGAGCCCUGAGAGGCGAAGCCUCCUGCCGAGGGGAGGCAAGGAGGGCAGCACAUUUUGAAGCUGCCCCUCUCUGCUGUGAACCUAGGUGUUGACACGAACCCCAGCCCCUGGGCCGCAGAGAAGCCCAGCCGAAGCAGUGGGGCAGCCCAGGAGGAGACUGGGAUGGUACAUGUACAUGAACGCACACGCCUGCAUCCCACAUGCACGCCAAGCAUGCAGGCUGACACCCCCACACCGCCACACACUGCUUUUCAAACAACCUGGCACAGACACUCCGACAGUUUACCACACAGUUACAGCCCCUGUGCUCUUACGCACACACACACAGACACACACACACCCCUUCCACCGCCCACUCCGACCAGGACCCCAGCGGUGGAGACACUGCAGAGCCUGCCAGCUGCAGGCUCUGCCAACCCUCCCUCUCUUCUAGUGCUGGGUUUUUCCAGCCGGAGCCUCACUCCCUCUACUGCAAUCUCUGGAAACUGGUGUCUGACGCGGCUGCUCUGCACAUUAUUUAUUUAUUUCCUCCUCGCCUCCCGCUGAGACCCUCCUGUCAGGAGAGCUGCAGCCUGGGAAGGGAGACAGGCGGGAAGCUGCGGGGACACAAGAGGCAGAGAGGACAGACAGGAGGACCACUCAGAAGCCCCAUCCCGCUCACCAAGCUCAUCAAGCCCCGCAGGGGCCAUGAGCACCAGGCAGGAGGCCAGGAGAGAGGAGGGAGACGCUAGCAGGAGGGGACAGGAGGGAGAGCUUCGGGACCGAGCCCACCUGAGCCAGCAGCGCCGGCUCAGACAGGCUACCCAGUUCCUGCACAAGGACUCCGCUGACCUGCUGCCCCUGGACAGCCUCAAGAGGCUCGGCACCUCCAAGGACUUGCAGCCGCACAGCGUGAUCCAAAGACGUCUGGUGGAGGGAAACCAGAGUCGGCUUCAGGGGGAGUCUCCCCAGGUACAGGCCCUGAUUCAUGGCCAGGAGAGCAGGAAGAAGACCAGCAAGGCAGAGAUUCCAGCUCUUCUGGUCAACUGCAAGUGCCGGGACCAGGUGCUGAGGGUGGCCGUGGACACAGGCACCCACUCCAAUCAGAUCUCUGCUGGAUGCCUCAGCCGCCUGGGGUUAGGGAAGAGGGCCCUAAAAGCCCCAGGGGAGGACCUGGCACCUGGGCCCCCAACCCAGGUGGAGCAGCUGGAGCUACAGCUGGGCCAGGAGACGGUGGUGUGCGAGGCCCAGGUGGUGGACGUUGAGAGUCCUGAAUUCUCUCUUGGACUGCAAACGCUGCUUUCUCUCAAGUGCUGUAUCGACCUGGAGCACGGAGUGCUGCGGCUGAAGGCCCCUCUCCCAGAGCUGCCCUUCCUGCCCUGGUACCAAGAGCCCGGCCAGUGACGGGGUCCCAGUCAGUCCUCGGGGGGAAGAGCCGUGUGGGGUUCAGGGGCAUUACUAGAGCCAUAGCUGGGGACUACUGUCUAUUCCUUUUAUCACCAUUCUGACCCCGCCGUCCCGGUUCCCUCAGUCAGCCACAUCCGUCUCUGCUUCUCAGCAACUGCCCCAUCCCCUGGAGGAGUUUUCACAAGAGAAGGCUCACAAUCUCGGGGUUCUGGUUUCCCUAUUCUCUCUCAUCCACCCCCAAGUUGAGCAAAGCCAAGUCAGGACUGCAGAAAAGGACCUCAGCAAAAUGGGGUUCCAGGCUGGGCCCUCAGUACAGUUAGAAGAGGCCUGAGUCAAAGGCUGCAGAUACUGCUGUCCUGCACCCGUCCCUUGACUCCACCCCAGACACCCCUUGACUGCCCUCACCCCCACGUCUCUCCCUCCACCUCUAGGGCUUGUCAUCUCCCUCAGCUAGACUGCCAACUUCCCCAACCUGGGUCCCUGGCCCAGCCAGCGCCUGCCUUUCUGAUUCUCUACACGUCUGCUCACAGUUGAGUGGGGGGGAGAAAUAGUAAACAGAGCAUUUUAAUACAACAAGGAAGGUGAGUUAGCAGAGGAAUGUGUGGCUCACAAGGCUGGGAGCUCUUUCAGUUACCCUUUCUGGAGCUGCAAACGCCUGAAGCCAGUUGUUAUUAUUAUACCCUGUGCAAAGCCUUGGCUAUACCUCUGAUAUUUACUCCAGAUCUUUAUCCUUCUCCACUUGCUUUUUCACCUACUGGGCCCUGAACUUUGGGGGCUGUGUGGAAAACCUUGGAGAGAACUGCCCCCAAGGUGGACAGGAUGGUGGGGUUGUCAGUACUCAGACUUAACCUGACCAGGAUUCCUUGUUUCUAGAACUAUCCAACUCAUUAGACCUCUUCCCACCCCUCAUCUCUGGCCUCCUGAGCUUGAGCUUGUCUGGUUUUGGAAUCAGUGGUUUCCUAACCCCCGCCAGGCUCUGAGCCAAAGCAAAGAGACAAGGAGGUUCUGCUGACGUCACUGUGAAGACAGGAACCCAAACCUUAAGGAGCCAGAGCCCUGAAUGUCUUUCUGGCUGGCCUGAGUCUCUCAAAUCACGGAUUAGGGGGAGAGGAAGAUAGUGGGAUAAUAACCGGAACUAGGGAACGAGGAUCCUUGGGCUGGAAACAAAAUCCUGAGCCUGCGGUAGAUUAGAGAACCAGGAUGCAAGGAGCUGCCGUGUGACAGCCGGCCUUCCCUUUCUCCGCUGAGUCCUCUGCCCUCAAGGGGAGGAGAGAGCUCACUGUGUCACACGUACUCGUACGCUGGUCCCCACAGCCUCGCUCCGUGACCUCUGCUUUCCUGGGUCUCCCCGUUCCUUUCCCUUCUGCCUCCUGCUGCUUCUGUAAUUGCAGACCCCAGGCCCACUGGCAGGCCCUCAGCUCAGCUGCUUCUCCAUUUGAAUAAACACCUGUUUCUCUA